AAUCAAGCCGGCCGUUGAAGUUGCCGAACAAUGCUUCCCGAAAACUGUUGUGCUGUACUGUUUCAACCUAUUUCGGGUUUAUUGUUUUUCUAUCUCAAAGCUGCAUACAUGGAUUUUGGCGAUGGUGAUUAUGGCGAUUUGCAAGCUAUGCUACUUACCCACUAUGGAGGAUUGACCAAGAAGCAGGUGCUCUGUAUGCCGAAUAUUGCGGCACAAGAGGACGAAGAUGCCUUGCCUCACGAGCUUUCGACGCGCGCACUCGGCGUUCGAGCGAUCGUGACCGGCCGACAUUGUUGCUCGACCUACCGUAACCUUCGGCCGCCUACGCGCUUCGACUUUCAGGUCGGCCACGCAGUUAGCACGCGUGGCUUUGCACGGCGUCAGCCAUGGAGGCUGCGACGAAAACGAGCGUUUCAGGGGAGACGAGCAGCUCGCCUACCAGCGCCGCGGUCGGAGCACCCACCCCGACGUCCGAACAACGCGGCGAACAGGAAGCCUCGCAGGGGGACGAAUCAGAGGAGAAGAAACCAAUCAGCAAAUUUGAAGAGGAAGCCGAGCCAGCUCCAUUUUUGCAGCUGUUCAAGUACUCUUCGUUCAAGGACCGCGCUUUCACGGCCAUUGGUUGCGCUGUCGCCGUGGUGACGGGCUUCGCCAUGCCCACUCUGAUCGUGCUCAUGGGGCAUCUUCUGCGCAAGUUCAUCGUCUUCCAGUCGGUCGCCGGCGAGCUUUGCGGAAACCAAAGUUCUGCUGUAAUACCAUACAUUUACGUUGCCCAUGCGAAUGAAACGCUGACCAUCGGCCGUUUCCAGAGCGAGGCCAAGGAGAUCGCUGGUCACAUGGCCCUCGUGGGCCUCGCCAUGCUUCUCAGCAAUGUCGUCAUCGUGGGUAGCCUCGGCAUGUCGGCCACCAAGCAGUCGUCCCGCAUCCGCUAUUACUUCAUGCGCGCCAUCCUCCACCAGGAGGUCGCGUGGUUCGACACCCACACCGCCGGAGACGUCGCAGGGCGGAUUACCGCAGACCUGGAGAAGAUCCACGAUGGUCUGGGCGAGAAGAUUGGCAUGUGCCUGUUCUUCUUGUCCACCGCGUCUGCCUCGCUCAUCUCGGCCUUGUGGCACGGCUGGCAGCUGACGCUCGUGCUGCUCACGCUCGUCCCUUGCCUCGUGCUCAUCACCACCGUCAUCGCCAAGACCCAAAGCAAGCUGGAGGCCGAGGAAUCGGCCGAGUACCGCUACGCUGGAUCCGUGGCUUUGGAAGCGAUCACGUUCAUCAAGACCGUGAUCGCCUACGGCGGUCAGCAUAAAGAGAUGAAGCGCUACUCGGACCGUCUGGAUCGUGCCACGCAGACGGGUUACCGCAAGGGCCUGGUUGCCAGCAUCGGCGUGUCCGUCAUCUGGACCUCCAUCUUCGCCAACUACGCGCUGGGCUUUUGGUAUGGCAUCGAUCUUAUUGUUGCAGACUUCGAGCUCCCGCCCGGACAAAGAAAGUACGAGGCUAGCGUGCUAAUAAUUGUGUUUUUCAGCGUUCUCAUGUUCUCCAUGAGUCUGGGGCAGGCGACGCCGUACUUUCAUGCAUUCGCCAAUGCGAAGAGGGCCGCCGGUAAAGUCUAUCAGAUCAUCGACAGGAAACCCGCCAUCGACAGCAGAUCGACCUCAGGGCUCAAACCCAUGGAAUUCGAAGGUGCCAUCCAGUUCAACGAGGUCACAUUCUGCUACCCAUCGGUCACCGCCAGCCCACCGGCGCUCCAGAACUUCUCGAUGUCCAUUGAUCCCGGAGAGACGGUCGCUGUCAUUGGCAGAAAGAGGUGUGGCAAAAGUACCAUUGUCAACCUUCUGCAGAGGUUCUACGAUGUCACUGAGGGACAGAUCCUGGUGGACCAGAAGGAUCUGCGCGCGUACAACAUCGGCUGGCUGCGCGGCCAGAUGGGCGUUGUGGGCGAACGGCCCGUGCUGUUCGACGCCACGGUGUCGGAGAACAUCCGACUCGGCCUGGGCACGGCCUCGCAGCACGACAUCGAACAAGCGGCCAUCGCCGCCAACGCGCACCACUUCGUGCUCAAGCUGCCCAAGAAGUACGACACGAUGGUCGGCCCACACGGCCACCCCCUGAACGUGAGCCAGACGCAACGGUUGGGCAUCGCGCGCGCCCUGGUGCGCAACCCACGCAUCUUCCUGCUCGACGACCAGCCGGCCACGCUGGAUGCCGAGAUGGACAUGGCGCUGCAGGUGGCCCUCGACAAAGCUCGCGAAGGCCGCACGGCGCUGAUCAUGGCGCAGCGCUUGUCCACGAUCCGCUGUGCCGACCGCGUGGUCGUGCUCCGAGCCGGCCGCGUGGUGGACAUGGGCAGUCACGCCGAGCUCAUUAAGAAGGGUUCGGCACCAUACAUCGACCUCAUCACCACGCAGAUAAACGCGCAGAAGGACGACGGCGCCAUGACUCCGCCCCGGAAUCGGCUGAUGGUUCGCCGGGCACGUGCUCUGCCGCUUCCGCAGCUUCGUCCGCAGCCCAUCCUGCGCAGGAACUUGCAACAGGGCGACCAGUCGCGCCCUGCGAGUCCCGAUCGCCUGGCGGAAGCUGUCGCGGCGAGUGACGCUCAGAAGGCCGCGGCAUCCGGUGGGCAAGCUGCUCCGGCCCAAUCAGCCGAGCUGGGCAAGAAGUGCGAGUCGCUGACCGCCAAGCUGACCGAACUGACCAGACCCGAACGCAAGUACAUGGCCGCCGGAUGCGUAUGCUCACUCUUCAUGGGUCUGUGCAUACCCGCGUACGCCAUCUUCCUCGGAGACAUGUUCCAGGGCUUGAGCGCUGGCAGCCCGGAGUCGAUCAAGUCCAUCGCCUUGUUCUACUGCUUCCUCUUCCUCCUCGUCGGUGUCGUCACUGGAGUCUUGGCCUUCGUCCAGACGUUCACCUUCUCUGUAGUGGGCGAAAACCUAACCCGGAGGCUUCGCAGCAUGACGUUCUCGGCCAUGAUGAAACAGGACUUGGCAUGGUACGAAGAGCUGGAGAACACACCCGAUGCUCUCCUCGGUUCCUUGUCCACGGACACGGCCCGCGUUCACGGAGGCACGUGCAGCAAGCUGACGUCGAUGUGCCAGGCGUCCUCUGCUCUCAUCGCGUGCCUCGUGAUGUCUUUCUACUGGGACUGGCAUCUCGGUUUCAUCGUGCUUGCUUUCGUGCCCCUGGUGCUGCUUUCCACGUACCUGGAGAGCCGCAUGCUGCGAGGGAAGCUCAUCUCCUCCAAGCAGGCACUCGAAUACUCCACCAAGGUUGCCGCCGAAGCUAUCCAGAACAUCCGUACGGUGGCGUCACUGCACCAGGAGGAAGUCUUCUGCGCUAACUACAUGCUUUCACUUUUAGAGGCGCAGAGGAUCAUGAAGCGCAAGGCGAUCGUGCGCGGGUUCACGUUCGGCGUGGCGCAGUGCAUCCCGUCCAUGGCGUACGCGACGUCGCUGCUUUAUGGUAGCCUCCUCGUUGGACAAUGCGACCUCCAAUUCGGGAGCCUCCUCAAGGUGGUGGAAGGCGUGAUUCUGGGCACGGCCAUCGUGGGCCAGGCAGUGGCCUACUCGCCCGACUAUCACAAGGCCAAGCUCGCCGCGCAGAAGUUAUUCCGGCUCAUCGAUCGCGUGCCCACCCUUGACUUCUCGGACAGGAGCGGCAUCACCAUGGACACGGUGCGCGGCUUCCUGACGUUGAACGAGGUGAGCUUCUCGUACGCGGGCGAGCAAGAUGUCAAGGUGCUGGACCGCGUCACCUUCUCGGUGGAGCCCGGCCAACGGGUCGCCAUCGUCGGCACCGCGGGCUCGGGAAAAACCACGGCCAUCUACCUCGUCGAGCGCUUCUACGACAUCGUCGACGGCGAGAUCCUGAUCGACCACAUCUCGACCAAGAUGAUGCGUCUGUCGUGGAUGCGUGAGCAGCUGGGCUACGUGAGCUCGGAAACUCUGCUGCGCAGCUACAACAUUGCCGACAACAUCGCGUACGGCGACAACAGCCGCGACGUGUCACGCGACGAGGUCGUGGUGGCUGCGUGUCGGGCACAGGCGCACGGCUUCAUCACGCAGCUGCCUCAGGGUUACGACACCGUGCUGCCGCCGCCGGGGGAGCCGCCGUUGCUCAGCGAGAGCCAGGCCAAGCGAGUGGCCCUAGCCCGGGCAUUGGUGCGGGACCCGCGCAUCCUGCUGGUCGACGACGCCGUCAAGGGUCUGGACGACGAAAACCAGCAGGUGGUGCGCAACGCCAUCGCGGAGGCGAGCAAGGGCCGCACGUGCGUCAUGGUGUCGUCCAAGCUGUCCGUCAUCAAGGACGUGGACCGCAUCUUCGUCAUGCAGCGCGGCAGGGUGGUCGAGAAAGGCUCGCACGCCGAGCUCAUGCGGCGGGAGGGCGUCUACCACAAGCUCUUCACCGAGGAAGGAGCCGAGCAGUGAAGCGGCGGCGCCCACUUUCAUCCGCGAAAGGGUUUCCAGUGGCCCGCACAGACAUUGCUCACAGAACUUUGCUUCCAAUGCCGUACUGCACAUUUUUUUUUUUUUUUUACUGCGAAUCCGCUUGAACUUUUUAACUAGCGUUUAUCUCCUGAUCAUUCGAGCCCUACCAUUGAGAAGACAUAGUGCAGUGUACAGUGUUAUGCUUAGAGUUAUUGUGCAAACGUAGUUUUAAGAUGCCGCUCGUUCGACACCAGCGCGCUGCCUGGUGUUCCAGGUGCCUGGUGGUGGCCUGCAAACGGGCGUGAAUGCGAGCUACCGCAACGGUCGGCUCCGACCGUGGUAAUUGGCUAACGAGCGGCAAACGCCAGAAUAUCCAGCGUGUAUUAUCAUGUGCGCUUUGUCCGGGUUGUCUUGAAUGAAGGCGCACUGCGCGUUUAGGCGUGCUUUUAUCUCUUUUGGUAUGUGUUGCGUGGAUGAAGUAGAAGGACAAGGCAACAUUUAUGGUUGAAAUAUGCUGAAAUAUUUCGUCUAAGCACGUUUCGUGGCACUUUCUAGCAUUUUCCCGCGAUUUCCUUUUUAUAUAUAGAGCGUCUACUGGGCACCUGUAAUUUUCUUACGAUUUGUAAUAUCUAAACAUCUGUUCAUAAAAUCGGCUCCCCAGA